GGAGCCAAUUACGUGCUAAUGUGAGCCUAAGCAAUGCUAUAAGAAGAUAACAGAUCAGUUCCCACUGUACUGUACUUUCGCUUUCCCAGCUUCGGCUCAGCUCUGCACUGCUGCCUCCCUUCUCCAUGGCCAAACCCUAUAUCUAUUUCCCCCAAGCUUUUUGUUGGAAGUGAAGGGAAUCUGUUUAGGGCUUAAGCUGGUAGGGGAAGAAGAUAAAGGGAAGAAGUGAGUGAGCGAGUGAGAAAUGAGUGGUGGUGAAUCGUCUUCGGUGGCGGAGGGUGGGGCGGGGGGGUUCCGGCCGCCAUUCACGGCGAUGCAGUGGCAGGAGCUGGAGCAUCAGGCUCUCAUAUACAAGUACCUCGUCGCCGGUAUGGCCGUGCCUCCCGAUCUCGUCAUCCCGAUCCGCCAGAGCUUCGAUUCUAUCUCCGCCCGGUUCUUUCACCAAUCCAGCUUGGGCUAUUGUUCCUAUUAUGGGAAGAAAAUAGACCCUGAGCCUGGCAGAUGUCGGAGGACGGACGGAAAGAAGUGGAGGUGCUCCAAAGAUGCUUAUCCUGAGUCCAAAUACUGUGAGCGGCACAUGCACCGAGGCCGCAACCGUUCAAGAAAGCAUGUGGAAUCUCAAUCUACCUCUCAGUCAUUGUCAGCUGUGAUAUCACAUGGGACUCCUGGGAGUACUGGUGGAACUGGUAGCUUCCAAAACCUGCCUCUGCAAUCCAUUGUUGAUAAUAAGGACUCAUUGCUUGGAAGCAAUGCAUCAAAAUGGCAGAUGGAGCCUGUAUCCUAUGGGGUCAAUAACAAGGAGUACAGGUAUUUCCAUGGAAACCAACCUGAAGAAGACAAACAAGGUUUCCUUCCAGAAGGUUCAGGAGGUGUCCGGGCUCUAGGAUUGGAUCGUAAUAUAGACCCCUCUCUGAUUCCAAGUUAUGGUGCUCAUCUGCAAAGUGAUUCCUGUCAACCACACAUGCUGCAGGAUUUUGAUUUGAUGAGCAAUUCUGCAAUGGCAAGACAGCGGCAGCAACAUUGCUUCUUUGGAAGUGAUGUUGGUUCACUGGGGGCCUUGAAACAGGAGAGUCAUGCUAUAAGGCCUUUCUGGGAGGACGGUGGGCCUAAAGAUAGAGCUUCGUGGGCCGAUCUUGAUGAUCAUGGAUAUGAAAAGAAUGCAUUUGCCACCACUCAGCUAUCAAUCUCUGCUAGGAGUUCUUAUUCCCCUAAUGGUGAGUCCACUCUAAAAUUAAGAAGCACGAACACAGAAACAUGACACAACACGGGUUCAGGGACACAGGAAUUUUCAACAGGAUAAGGACAUGACACAUGCUGGACACGUGCAAGAUAUACACUCCCUCCGUUCCUAAUGGUUAGUCCAUUAUUCAAUUUUAGGGUGUUCCAAAAUGUUUGUCCAUCUUAAAAACUCAAGAAUAAAAAAUUGGAGAUUUUCCAAAACUAUCUUCAUAGAUAUCUAUGAUAGCACUUCCAGUGAGCUAGAAUAAGGGGCAUUAAACAAACAAUGCCUUGAAAUUUGACUUAAAGUGUAAUCAUUGCAUGCCCCCUUAAAAGUUUGAAUCCCCAAAAGGGUCUAACUAGUAGGAAGGUGGGAGUAGUUUUGUACGUUCUUUUAAUCUCAAAUUUAAGGUUAUGCCAUUGCUAUAUGGACUAUAUAUACGAGAUAUUUAACUCGAUAAACCAAAUCGAGUCUUAUGUCCCAAUCACUUGGGGUCGGCUACAUGAAUCAUUUUCCUUCAUUGAGCUCUGUUAAGGGUCAUUUGUUCACACAAAUCCAUUAUACUCAUAUCUUUGCGCACAACAACAUAUAAUGUCAAUUUAGGUCUACCCCUUCUCGUAGCAUUGCUACUCGAAGCUAUCCUAUCCGUUCUCUUAACUUCUGUAUCUCUUGGUCUAUGGUAGACAUGCUCAAACCACCUUAGCCUAUUUUCCCUCGACUUCUCCUCUACAGGUGCUACACCUACUAUCUCACGAACCGUUUCAUUUCUAAUCCUGUCUCAUCUAGACUUACCACACAUCCACCUCAACAUUCUCCUUUCCGCUACACUCAUCUUGCUCACCUGUGUUUCUUAAUAGACCAACAUUAAAGCAUCGCUUGCAAAGAAUAAGAGAAUGUGUGUUCCCCAAGUGUGUCCAACAGACUCCAACUGUAGAAAAUUUUAGAACAUGGUAAAUAUGCUUGGACGUGUGUCCGACAAGUGUCUAAUGAAAUUGUGUGACUGGUGUCCAACAUGGCACACCCCUUCGAAAUGUUUGUGCUUAUAGCUCUCAACCAAACAGCUUUUUCCAACCCCACAUGAAAGGGAUAGGUUUUUAAGAAUAGACAGUGUUCUGAAUCACUCCUUUUUCUCUCUAAUGUGUUG